AUGAUUCCAGAGCUGGCUGAGAGUGCCGGUGUGCUCAUUUGUCUGUAUGGCUGUUACGUCCACUCCUCCAUCAUCCCCACUUUCCACCGCAGGUGCUACUGGCUGCUCCAGAAGGAUGGGAAGUAUUUAAUAGACAGCCUGAGGGGCCUCCUGCUCACCGUCCCCUGUGGACAGACUCCAUGCUCAGACCCCCGCCAGGGGCCAUUCGCUUGUCCUCCACCCAUCACACUGUCCUCCACCCAUCCCAAUGUCCUCCGCCCAUCACAGUGUCCUCCACCCAUCACACUGUCCUCCACCCAUCACACUGUUCUCCGCCCAUCACACUGUCCUCUACCCAUCACACUGUCCUCCACCCAUCACACUGUCCUCUACCCAUCACACUGUCCUCCACCCAUCACACUGUCCUCCGCCCAUCACAGUGUCCUCCACUCAUCACACUGUCCUCCACCCAUCACAGUGUCCUCCACCUAUCACACUGUCCUCCGCCCAUCACAGUGUCCUCCACCCAUCACACUGUCCUCCACCCAUCACAGUGUCCUCUACCCAUCACACUGUUGUCCACCCAUCACAGUGUCCUCUACCCAUCACACUGUCCUCCACCCAUCACACUGUCCUCUACCCAUCACACUGUCCUCCACCCAUCACACUGUCCUCCGCCCAUCACAGUGUCCUCCACUCAUCACACUGUCCUCCACCCAUCACAGUGUCCUCCACCUAUCACACUGUCCUCCGCCCAUCACAGUGUCCUCCACCCAUCACACUGUCCUCCACCCAUCACAGUGUCCUCUACCCAUCACACUGUCCUCCGCCCAUCACACUGUUGUCCACCCAUCACAGUGUCCUCUACCCAUCACCCUGUCCUCCGCCUGUCACACUGUUGUCCACCCAUCACGGUGUCCUCUACCCAUCACACUGUCCUCCACCUGUCACACUGUUGUCCACCCAUCACAGUGUCCUCUACCCAUCACACUGUCCUCCGCCUGUCACACUGUUGUCUACCCAUCACACUGUCCUCUACCCAUCACACUGUCCUCUACCCAUCACACUGUCCUCUACCCAUCACACUGUUGUCCACCCAUCACACUGUCCUCCACCCAUCACACUGUCCUCUACCCAUCACACUGUCCUCCGCCCAUCACACUCCGCAUAGCCCCUGGGCAGGGCAGCCAGCCUCAGACAGCACAGCACCAGGGGCCAACAGGACUAAUGGAGAGGGUGGUGUUGCUCUGCGACGGCCUUCAGAUGAAUAAGUACGCUAACCCUGACAUCGUGCUCGUCCACUACUUGAAUGUGCCGGCCAUAGAGGAUUGUGGGAAGCCAUGCGGGCCAAUCCUGUGCUCCAUCAACACGGACAAGAAGGAGUGGGCCAAAUGGACCAAGGAGGAGCUGAUUGGCCAGCUCAAGCCCAUGUUUCAUGGCAUCAAGUGGACUUGCAGCAACGGGAACAGCAGCUCUGGCUUCUCAGUGGAGCAGCUGGUGCAGCAGAUUCUGGACAGCCACCAAACCAAGCCAACUCCCCGGACCCACAACUGCCUCUGCACAGGCACCCUGGGCGCAGGGAGCAGUGUGCACCACAAGUGCAACAGCGCCAAACACCGCAUCAUCUCCCCCAAGGUGGACCCCCGUGGAGGCUACAGCAGCGGUCACUCUGAGGUCCAGAACAACGACGUGUCCGAGGGCAAGACCGAGCACAGCAGCCAUGGAGGUGGGGGGAAAAGUUACGGAGGGGGAGGGGGCAGCGCCAGGGAGAAACGCAACGGCAAGAUUCCCAAGCCCGUUCUCCUGCACCAGAACAGCACGGAGGUGUCCUCUACCAACCAGGUGGAGGUCCCUGAUACCACCCAGAACUCCCCCGUGUCCAUCAGCAGCGGGCUGAACAGCGACCCAGACAUGGCUGACAGUCCCGUGGUGACGGGCAUGGGCCACGUGGCUUCCGUCAUGUCCAGCCUGUCCCAGAGUGUAUUCAUGUCCGAGGUGACCGGGGACCCCGGCUACAGCAUGUCCCCCAAUGGGGGCCCCAACGCCCACCUCAUGGGCCCCGACGCAGCCUCCCAGGGACUGGUGUUGUCCGGUGUGGUGGCAGACAACCACAAGUUUGCCUUCCCCAGCGGAGGGGCUGUGGAGGGUCCCGGGGGGGCAGGGGGAGCAGAUGGGCUGUCCAUGCUGUCUGCAGCCGGUGUGUCUGAGGAGCUGGUCCUGUCCAGCAGCCUGGAUGCCGGAGGCAUGAAGAUACCUGAGACCACCAUGAACUUUGACCCUGACUGCUUCCUCAACAACCCCAAGCAGGGCCAGACCUACGGGGGCAGCAGGCUGAAGGGGGGCGGCAGCUCCUCCUCUUCCUCCUCUUCCUCCAAUGGCACCAACGGCAGUAUGCAGCGCUCUCCAUCCAUGUCAGACUCUGGAUACAGCUUCAACUCUGCUCUGGUGAAGAACAUCAAGACGGAGGACAUGUCCUUCGAGCAGCAGCUGGCCACAGAGCAGGGCUAUCAGGUGGGGGCGGUGGUGAGCUGUGGAGGAGGUGGAGCUGGUUCCUCUGGGACUGGUUCAGCGCAGGGCUCCCUCGGCCUGACCCCGGCUGGCUCUCUGCUGCCCUCUGGAGGAGGCCUGAGCCCCAGCACCACCCUGGAGCAGAUGGACUUCAGCGCCAUCGAUGCCAAGCAGGAAUACUCCUCCGGGGCUGGGUCAGUGGGCUAUGGCCAGGCUAUGAACAGCCCCCACCUCUCCCACCAGAGCCACUCGCCCAGCUUCUUCCUCCAGGACACCCAGCAGUCCGGCCAGGCCCAGCAGGGCAGGUCCUCCAUGGGCCAGAAGACUCAUCUGAUGGAGCACAACUCCCACGACUCCACAGCCUACAUGGGCCUGCAGGUGGUCAAGACGGACUCCCCUGGCAUUAACGGCCACCUCCACCACCACCACCAGAGCCACCAUAGGGCCAACUGCAACGGUGGCUCCCCCACCGAGGGGCCAGGGCAGGGGCCUGGGUCUCUCCAACUUCUGCAGUACCAGGGGGGCUUCCCUGGGCUGGGGCCAGAGCAUGAGGAGGUGGUGGGUCUGGAGCAGCCAGGCAGCGUGGGCUCAGGCCAGGCAGGGGGAACAGAGAAUGGAGAGGGCCUACUGAAGCCUGGGGAUCACCUCCAGGCCUGUGGAGGAGGCAACCCAGAGGGAGGAGGGACAGAGCACUACCUGCAGCAGGCCAAUGGUGGAGGAGGUCAGGGAGGCGGAGGAGGAGGGGAAGGAGUGACCAUGCAUAACGGAAAUGGCAUCAACAACGACGGCAGCAACCGCUCACAGCAGCAGCUGCAGCCCCUCCUCCAGGGGGCUGGGAUGGUCCAGGGCCUCUACAACACCGUGGGGCCCCACCAGGGCCUGGGCGGAUCGGGCUCUAACGGGGGAGCAGGAGGGGGAGGCAUGGAGAUCAGCCUGGACCACUUCGACAUCUCCUUUGGAAACCAGUUCUCUGACCUCAUCAAUGACUUCAUCUCUGUGGACGGUAGUGGAACCAACAUGGCUGCCGGGGGAGCUCUUUACAACCACCAGCUGGUGGCCAACCACGGCUCAGACGGUCAGGCCACGCCUAGUGGAGCUCCCCAGCAGGGCCAGGAGGACGGAGGGGUAGGAGGAGCCCGGGGGGCAGGAUACAGCCCCUCAGAGCUCUGUCUCCAGCCCUGUUGCAGCCCUCAGUCUCUGGGUGCCGGGGCUGGGGGUGCAGGGACGGAGUCAGGCUCUCUGGCAUACAUGGACGUGGCGGAGGUGGUGUCUGCAGCCGUGGCCCAUGGGGCUCUGGGGAUGUUGCAGGCCACAGGGAGACUCUUCAUGGUCACUGACUACUCGCCCGAGUGGUCCUACCCUGAGGGAGGAGUGAAGGUGCUCAUCACUGGUCCAUGGCAGGAGGCCAGCUCUAACUACAGCUGUCUGUUUGAUCAGAUAUCUGUCCCUGCCUCUCUCAUCCAGCCUGGGGUGCUGCGCUGCUACUGCCCAGCUCAUGACACCGGGCUGGUGACACUGCAGGUGACUGCCAGUAACCAGAUCAUCUCUAACUCAGUGGUGUUUGAGUACAAAGCCCGCGCUCUGCCCUCACUGCCCUCCUCACAACACGACUGGCUCUCACUGGACGAUAACCAGUUCAGAAUGUCCAUCCUGGAGCGCCUGGAGCAGAUGGAGAGACGGAUGGCAGAGAUGGCCUCCCAUCACCAGCAGGGCAGCGGAGGAGGUGCAGGAGGAGGAGGGGGAGCAGGAGCAGGUGGAGGAGGAGGAGGUGGUGGUGGUGGUCACAACAGCCAGACACAGUGUGUGUCAGGGCAGGGUCAGGCGGGCAGCAGCUUUGAGAGCCGUGUGGUGGUGGUGUGUGAGAAGAUGAUGAACCGGGCCUGCUGGGCCAAGUCCAAACACCUAAUCCACUCCAAGACCUUCAGGGGCAUGACCCUGCUCCACCUGGCCGCUGGGCAGGGCUACGCCACCCUCAUCCAGACACUCAUCAAGUGGCGCACCAAGCAUGCAGACAGCAUUGACCUGGAGUUGGAGGUCGAUCCCCUCAAUGUGGACCACUUCUCCUGCACCCCUCUGAUGUGGGCGUGUGCCCUAGGUCACCUGGAAGCGGCAGUGGUCCUGUAUAAAUGGGACCGACGGGCCCUGGCCAUCCCUGACUCCUUGGGACGCCUGCCCUUGUCCAUCGCCCGCUCCCGCGGCCACACCAAGCUGGCCGAGUGUCUGGAGCAGCUGCAGAGAGAGGAACAGCAGCCCCCUGCACCUCUGCCCCCCACCACACGCAUGUCCUUCUCCCCCACCCCCCACGACGCUCCCACCUCAGACAGCUGGAUGGUCACAUGGGCCAGCGACGGCGUGAUGGCGCCCGGCGGGAAGAAAGGAGGCUCCACCACGGCCACCUCGAGCAACCUCAACCCAGACUUGAGAAGGCCGCGAUCCGAGCCCUCCAACUACUACAGCAGUGAGUGCCAGCGAGAUCUGCCCCUGGCCAAGAAACACAAGCCAAACCCAGAGAUGUUCCAGGCCCGGCCCGACAAGGCCAUGUCAGUCCCACUGAGCCUGGAGCAGCAGCAGCUACACAAGCUGUCCUUCAGCCCCAAGAGCCUGUCCCAUGAGGGCCUCAGCCCAGACAAGAGCCUCUCCGGUGGGGCAAGUGCUGGAGAAUCCGGAGGAACCAAGUGGCGCUCCAGGGAGGGUUUCUCCAGUGGGGGCUCAGGCAGGAAGGGCUCGGGGGGCUCUGGGGGCAGCAGCCUGGGAAAGGAGAAGCUGGCUAGCAGGCUGAGACAGAGGGAACAGCUGGGGAACAUGCUGGUGAUAGCUGAGAGAGAGAUGGUGAGCACUGAGCUGCUGUCCUACAGAGAAGAUCUGGAGAACCAGGACUGUAUGACACAGAUGAAUGACCUGCAGGACAACAUGAUGACUCUGGCAGAGCACAUCAUUGAGGCGACCCCAGAGAGGAUCAAGAGGGAGAACUUUGUGGCCCUGGACGGGGUGCCCCUGGACAGUACUGGGGUCAGCAACACCAUGAGCUGGUUGGCCAGUUACCUCGGAGACGUGGAACAGCUGCCCAGCAUUAUACAUCUACGAUCUCUGUACAGUGGACCUCUCGCUCCGUCCUCCAGCCCAGGGGGGUCUCCCCUGAGGGAGGGGUCCAUGGGGAGGCCCACCCUGCCCCCGGCCGACUGGAGCGAGUUCCUCCAGGCCUCCAACAGCAAGGUGGAGAGAGACCUGGCCCAGCUCACCCUGUCCGACCCCGAGCAGAGGGAGCUGUACGAGGCCGCCCGUCUAGUCCAAACUGCCUUCCGCAAGUACAAGGGGCGCCCAUUCAGAGAUCAACAGGAAGUAGCUGCGGCCGUCAUUCAGCGUUGUUACAAGAAGUACAAACAGUAUGCACUUUAUAAGAAGAUGACGCAGGCCGCCAUUCUUAUCCAGAGUAAGUUCCGCAGCUACCAGGAGCAGAGGAAGUUCCAGCAGAGCAGGCGGGCGGCCGUGCUGAUCCAGCAGUAUUACCGCGGCUACAAGGAGUUUGGCAGGCUCAGGCCCCACCGCAGAGGAGCCGCCGCUGCCCUGGUGCAACAUAAACUCAGAAGUAGUCUGCUCUCCAAGAGGCAGGAUCAGGCUGCCAGGAAGAUCAUGAGGUUUCUACGCCGCUGCCGCCACAGCCCCUUGAUGGACCAUAGACUGUUCAAGCGGAGUGAACGAAUCGAAAAGGGCCAAGGAACAUGAGAACCCUCAGAAGAGCCCCCUCACAAUGUGACAUCACUCUCCUCCUUUUCUUUCCCCCCUUUGUACCCAAGACAUUUUACAAGAGAAGAAAAUAAACAGUUCAGUGAAAACACUGCGAUUAUUAUUACAACUAUGACAGCGUGACUGAUUCCACUUCGAUUACAUGUACAACAACAACAGCAUUUUUCACGUUUAUCUAUCGUUGUGUAUGUUGGAGAGUGGCAACUUCUUCUGUAGAAUUCUAAACUAAAGGAGAAGAAGCUGUAGGGGGCAGAACAUUAGCUUCAUGACAUUUUUUGCACUUUUUCAUGGAUUGCUUUGUCUUUUUGGGAGUAUCGGAGUCUAGGUUUUUAGAUGGUAAAAGAAGAGGAAUGUUGGACAUGUGGAAAAGGUCCCUGCUACCAGUGGAUCAAACCAAAAGGAUAAGAUGGAGGACAGCUAGGAUGGAGGACAGACGCCAACCAGAACAUAAGGAAACAUUACAGAAACACAUUGGGACUUGGCUCUAAUUGUAUUUCAUCAUUUUAAAAAAAAGUGAACUGAUUCAUCCAUUUGAAGGAGAAAACAUGUCAUCUAAUGAACGAAACAUUCUCGGUAAUAUAUUGAUCCAUUUGCAAACUUACUCUCCCUAUCAACAGUCGGUGAAUACAUUCAGUAUAGUAACUGGAAAUAGAUCAAGCGUCCUUCUAUUACGCUGUGCUCUACUCCGCCAGUCAGUCCGAAGGGGUGGGGCUGCAUCUGAAUGUAGGAGGGGUUUGAGAAGGAAUGGGCGGGGCUUAUUAAAAGAAUGGCUUAUUUUGUUAUCUACGUUUAGGGGGCACUGUGAGGCAAGAGAUAAAGGGAUUCAAUGGGGUGUGUUUUUUUAUUUUGAAUAUAUGUUUAAUUCCUCUUUGCUUGAAUCUGUUCCGUGCUUAUACCCAUUACCGGUAUAACUGACUUGUCUCCUAAAAAAUGAUGUGUUGUCGAUUUUAUCAAAUGUGCAUGCCUAUGGGUGAAAGUCUUCGUCUGCGUGCUUGGAAUUAGGUCUGUAACCUCUGUUUUUCAAUGUUUUUUCCGUUUGUCUUCAUGUUAAAAUGCAACAGAGUCUCCCAUGUACCCACCUACUUCCCCAAGAGUCAUUCAUACCCUCUAGUUACUGAAUGACACCAACAUUGUCCUCUUGUUUUCUUUUUCAUUUGCCUUAUUUGUUUCCUCGGUAUUCUAAAAAGAAAGAAAACUUGC